CGGCAAACAGGCCGUUAGUAAAGUCAUCCUAAGUACCUGAGACGUGUUUGGGCGGUUGUAUGUUUGUGUUUUGGUGUGCUCGCCGUCCUAGCUGGGUAGGACACUGGACACUAGAGGUCCCUCCAGUGGAGCGGUUUGGAGUCUGUCUGCGGCGGGCUUCGUUCACCCAGACCUGGGCGUUUGAGGAACACCAGAGAACUUCAGAGAAACUUGUUCCGGAACAAACCCCCGGGGGUCCUCGCCUUCUUCUCGGGACGUGCAAGUGGACGUGCGAAGUUAAAGAAGCAUGGACGAUCUGGACGCGCUGCUGGCGGACCUGGAGUCCUCCACCGCUCACAUCUCCAAGUGUCCCGUGUUCCUGCCCGACGAGACGCCCUACUCCUUCCCCAGUGGCGGCGGCUCCCUUAUCCACGAUGACUCCGCUCCGCCUCCUGUGCCCCCUCCGCCUUCUUCCGAGGCCUUGAACGGAUCGCUCCAGAAUCAGUCCGACUCCCGCGACUCCUCGCAGCAGUCUCUUGGCUCUCUCCAAAGAAGCGCGUUGUCUCGGAACAGCCGCAGCCCCCCGGCCUCCUCUCAUUCCGAAGAGGACCACGUCUACAGUUUUCCCAACAAGCAGAAGCCUUCGGAGUCGUCCACGGCAGCCAUGAGCUCUGCACUGGGCAGCAACCUGUCUGAGCUGGACCGCCUGCUCCUGGAGCUCAACGCCGUGCAGCAAAGCACACCCUCCUUCUCUACCACAGAGGACGCGGCCCCUCCGCUUCCCACCUGCAGCUCGGCGCACUACAUCCAGGAGAACGGCGCCCACCCGGGCGUUAAGCUGAGUGCCGGCACCGCGGACAAGCCCCAGAGGAACGGCACGAAGGGAGCCGAGGAGGGCCGCCCCACCGUGGAGAGCCUGCUCAGCGAACUGGAGUGCUCCAUACCGGCCCCAGCGCACCUGGACGCCCCCUCCGAGCAGCAGGGCCGCAUGUCGGCCACCUCGGCCACGCGGGAGCUGGACGAACUCAUGGCCUGCCUGUCCGACUUCAAGGUGCAGAGCAAUCCGAGCUCUUUGGGCUCGCUGAAUUCUGAGCCCCUGUUUGAUCAGUCCAGCAGCUUCUCUACGGUCGUGGAAGUCCAUUCUCCUCCCGCCACAAUAACCCCCGUCUGCAGUCCACCCAGUAAAUCUGCUAGCUACUCUCCGCUGCCGUCCCCUCCUGAGGCCCUAGUGCUGCACAUAGUAGAAGAUUCCACCGAAGCAGGGGCCACGACCUCCUCGAGCGUAGCCAAAUCUAUCCCCUCGUCUCCCCUUUUUGCAUCUUUGGCUUUCGCCCCGCCCAGCUCUAGGCGUUCCCCCGCGGCUCAACCCGGCUCCGUCGCCGACGCGUCUGCCUCCGCGCUGAACGCCGAGCUGGAAUCUCUUGCCGCUCUGUCCCGGACUACCAGUACCUCCACCGUGUCCUCCUCCAACCCCGGCGACGGGGGUCGUUGCCCUGCCGGGCCAGAGAGUCCCUCGGUCAGCGCAGGGAUUAAGUCGGUAUCUCCCCCGACUUGUAUGUCGUCUUCGAAACCUCCUACCCCGACAAGUCUGCCUGCCAGCAGAAAGACCCCAGAGGGAGUUAGUCCUUCAGUUCCUUUAGCUUCUAAUGGUCUCCAUCAUGUAACCAGUCCCGAGCCCAAACCUGCCGCUCCAUCUACCAGUGCUACCACUGUUCCCAUCGCUCUCACUCUCAGCGAAUCACUCAUCAUACAGUCUCCAUCGCCUCCCAAGCAUGCUUCUUCUCACCUCACAACACCCCCGAUGGUGCCCAAGGUGUCCAGCCCGAGACCUCAGGCAGAGCAGCCUGAGUCGGUCACCGUUACCCCGAGACCACCACCUCCACUUGGGCUGGAGGCACCGGCUCUGGAGCACUCUCUGGACGACGCCCUCGACGACCUCCUGGCCAUGAGCUUCGGCAAGCCGGGGGGCGAUGUCCCCGGCACGGCUUCGGCGGCCCCUAAGCCGAACCUCGCAGCGCGGCCGGCGGUCUUCGAGGAGGUGAUCGUGUCCGUGGACCGUAGGGUGACGCAGCCGGACAUGCACGCGGAGAGCGAGGCCGGGGACGGUCUCCUCGAGGACCAGUCCGACUGCCGGAGCAAGCUUCUCGACUGGGCCGAUGUGGAGCUGAAGCUGCCCUACGACGGAGCCGAUGGUUCCGUGACGCCCGUGACGGAGGCCAGCUGGAUGGACGACUCGCUGACGCCGUCCUCCUGCCCCGGGACCCCUGAUGCCCAGAUAGACAUGCCCUCGCUGCAGCCGACCAGCCCCAUGGACAGGAUCUCAGCCUCUGGACACAUCAAGUCGGUGAUCAGGCGCACCAAGGAGACGCCCAACGUCCACCCCAUGUACCGGGAUGGCCUGAUCCGGAGAAAGAUGGGCCCGCUCAUCUUCCACAAGAGCAGCUCCCAGGACCGCCUCAUCGAGGAGCUGCAGGGCAAGCUGGGAAUCGCUCGCAAGGAGCGGCCCAAAAAACAGCCCGACGACUGGCUGACAGAAGGGGUCAUUGUCAUGUCGAACCCCAAGCGCUCAUGGGAAGACCACAGCAGGGAGGUCGAUAAGAUCAUCAUCCCCCCCGAGUCUCCUCUCCCUCAGAGGAAGAUCAUGGCCCAGGGGAAGGGCCCCAACACGCAGGUCAAUAAACUGGACAACAUGCUGGGCAGCCUGCAGUCUGACCUCCACAAGCUGGGCGUUCAGACCGUGGCCAAGGGCGUGUGCGGAGCCUGCUGCAAGCCAAUCGUUGGCCAGGUGGUGACGGCCAUGGGCCGCACAUGGCAUCCGGAGCAUUUUGUGUGCACGCACUGCCAGGAGGAGAUUGGUUCUAGAAACUUCUUUGAGCGGGACGGCCAGCCGUACUGCGAGAGGGACUACCACCACCUCUUCUCCCCGCGCUGCUACUAUUGCAACGGCCCCAUUCUGGAUAAAGUGGUGACUGCCCUGGACAGGACGUGGCAUCCGGAACACUUCUUCUGCGCUCAGUGCGGAGCCUUCUUUGGCCCUGAGGGUUUCCACGAGAAAGAUGGGAAGGCGUACUGCCGUAAGGACUACUUUGACCUGUUCGCUCCCAAGUGUGGAGGGUGUGCCCGUGCUAUUCUGGAGAACUACAUCUCUGCCCUGAAUAGCCUCUGGCAUCCCGAGUGUUUUGUCUGCAGGGAGUGCUUCACGCCAUUCGUGAACGGCAGCUUCUUCGAGCAUGACGGGCAGCCGUACUGCGAGGUGCACUAUCACGAGCGGCGCGGCUCACUCUGCUCCGGCUGCCAGAAGCCCAUCACUGGCCGCUGCAUCACGGCCAUGGGCAAGAAGUUCCACCCUGAACACUUCGUCUGCGCCUUCUGCCUCAAACAGCUCAACAAGGGCACCUUCAAGGAGCAGAAUGACAAACCCUACUGUCACGGAUGCUUCAUCAAGCUCUUCAGUUAGAGUGUGUGUGUGUGUGUGUGUGUGUGUGUGUGUGUGUGUGUGUGUGUGAGUGGACGCUGAGCAUUGCAGAUGUCUCUGCUGUCUCUGCUUUCUGGAAUGUUGUCAGCGUGGGUGCACGUGCGAGUGUGUCGACCCCCCCCCCCCCGGCUUAACGCCGGUUAGGGCUUGGUGCAAAAAAGUCUCGGUGCAAAAGUCUCGCGUAGGUGCAGUAGAAAUCACGUUUUAGCUAGGAAACGUGGAGGUGGAUUCGCUUUUAUGGCGAUUGCGUGGAAAGGAGAGAGAGGUUUUUUGCUCACUGGUUGAGUCUGAAAGAAAAAGUUUCAAGAAUGUGUUUUGGAUCAGUUGGCCCGCGGACGUAGUCGAACUGCGAAACGUCAGCCUGUGGCGCGAAGUCGAGUGCAAGGGAAGCUUCAGAGUGGCGUACCCGGACACCACCUGUUGCUGAGUCGACCGCGUUCAAUGGCCGCGAAGACAAAAUCAAUCAGUUUAUAUCACUGUGCUCAGUGCCUUUUUUUCUACCAGAAAUUAUGGUGAUAUGAGAAAUAUACCAAAAAAGAAUAGUUUAGCAACAGAUUGUGCACGUUUCUAAGGAGGCAGAUGUUCUGCGUGUGCCGAGCGUCGCUGGUGUCGGCCUAAGGAGCGACGGUAUUCCCUUCUUAUUGCGACUGCUGUCGGAAUGAGCUCAAGUAACCUCCUGUAGACACAGAGCCAUCCUACUGUUUAUUGGAGAGAAUCCGAGGCUGUCGGCCUCUAUAUUCAGGGGAUUGUAUGCGUUACUGAGCUAUUCGCCUUAAUGAGGUUGUUCGCGUUUGCUUUCUUUUUUAAAUCACUAAAUGACAUCUCAGCAAAAAGGUUUUACUGUAUCUAGGUGACGUGACUACGCUCUUAAUCAUAACAUUUCGAUAACCACUGAUUCUGUCUGAUGUCCUCUUAAAGCAAAUCAUACAUGUGACAUUGUUGUGCAAUUCUUAGCCCUACAACACAGUAUAUGACCCAUUUUCUAGUUAAGAAUGUUAAUGUCGUUCUUCAUCACAGAAACAACUCGAUGCAAUAUUGUUAACUGCUGUAUUUUAGCAUUGUUUUUCUCCUGGGUUUUUUUUUUUUUUCCUUUCUUUCUUUUUGCAUGGAAGUCUUAAGCGUCACGCUGACUUUUUAAAGAACAUGACUGGCUAGAGAGACGAAAGCUGAAAAGUAUAACAUUACUCCCAGAAACAACAUAAAGGGUUUGUGCCUGUUUGUUGAGAUAUUCAGUGGUUUCUGUAUGAAAUGGAUAUUGUAUCACCAGGACAGCAUGUUACCACCAGUUCAUAAUGGGUUUUUUUUAAUUUCCCACUACAUUAUGUUUAAAUUAACAUCGGUUUUAUUGCUGGUUUGUGGAUGCUACUCCAAAAAGGCCUUCUUUUUCUUAUAUAGUAUAUCUAGACACUUUCAGUGGAGAUGCUGUGAUGAUUAAAAGAUCUUUCCUUUGUCUGUGUUAUCGCUCAGAUUGCUACGUGCCAAAAGGACUCGUCGGUCCAAAUGGGGUGUGAUUUCGCUGGACGGCUUUACGUCUGCCUCAAAACCCAUUUAUGACACUGGUUUUAUAUUUUUUCCUUCUUUUAAUCAUGGGUUUUCUUUGUCAUGACAAGGGCUGCAGUCUUUAACUUUUACCUUGUUUUAAUUUAUACUGUUAGUCUGUUUUAGUGGGCCUUCAUAUAUGCUUUAUUUACCCAAUGUGAACAUUUUUGCUUCGUUUGUUUUGGUUUUGUUUUGUUGUGGUUUUCCUCCCGUAACACUGUCACUUUGUUCUGUGAGUCAUGGCAACUGACUGAAUUCAUAUGGUUAUGUAUCAAUAAAAUGCUUUGAUGUUUUCAGCUGACUGAAUUCAUAUGGUUAUAUAUCAAUAAAAUGCUUUGAUGUUCAUGCA